AAAACGACACAACUGCAGAUGCAAUAAACCGCAACCGCAUUUCCUUCGGUUCCUUAUUCCUUCUUUCAAACUUGUUCUCAUCCUUCAAAAACCAAAUCCAAACCAAACACCGCCCCACCCUCAAACUCAACACUCUCUUCUCUUCUGUUUCUCAGAAUUGCUUGCACCUCCUAAACACAUGGCUUCUUCUAUCUCACAGGGUGUGGUUUUCACCACAGCUAUGCUCGCAUCUAGCACCAUGCUUUAUCUUGCUUUCUCUUGGCAAAAGAUUACCCCACUUUUCCAAAUUCAUGGGAAUCCCUAUUCUCAUGACUCUGACACAAAAAUGUUACGCUCUUGUUUGUGUUCUGAGGAAAAGAAAAGGGAGAGAAAGAUGACAAUGAAGAAGAAGAAGAAGAAGAAAGUUCAAUUUGCAGAUAAUGUGAAAGAAGCUGCUGAAACAGAGGAGCCAAAACAGAGGAGGAAGAAAAACAGAGUAGUACCAAGCAACAGCUACAGACAACAUGAGGAAACCUCGGAAAUUCCGAAAAUGCCGGCUAACAGAAUUGCUUUGUAUAAUGGGAUUUUGAGGGACAGGUUUCAUAGGAUGGAGGUGCGCACUUAUUGAAAUUUGUGUACUUCUUGAUUGAAAUUUGUACUACAUUUGAUGUCUCUGUACUCUGAACAGAGGAAAUCUCAUGAAGCUGCGUGUUGUCUC